AUGGAAAAAUCUCAGUUUUCUGCUUCAAAGAAAUUGAAGAAAUACCAGGAUCGUUCUACCUCAGCCACUGGGUAUUCGGGUAGAGAGCGAGGUUUUCAACGCACUAAUCCAAGAUCUUCCAUUCCAUUAGUGACCAGUGUUGGCACCCCUAAGCCGAGAUGCCAGUACUGUAAUAAAACUCAUUUUGGUGAAUGCCGAAUAAAGAGCAGAGCUUGUUACCGAUGUGGUUCUUUCGAUCAUUUCCUCAGAAAUUGUCCAAAAAGGGGUGAAAAAGAAGUUGAACAGACAUCGAAGCCGAGUAAUCUAGUUUCGAUGGGUAGACCACCUCGACCAUCUGGUAAUGUCAGUGGUAGCCGAGGAGCUACGAAAGAUACUGCAGGCAGGCCUGAGAAUGGAGAAUUACUUCAGGUUAAAUCUAAUCAGACAGAGGAAUUAUCUAAUGUGAUUUCAGUGAUGACAGCUCAGAGGUGUGUCAGAAAAGGGUAUGAUGCUUAUUUGGCAUAUGUGUUAAACACUAAGGUAUCUGAGUCAAAGAUACAGGCAGUGCCAGUUGUAUGUGAAUUUUUAGAUGUGUUUCCAGAAGAAUUACCAGGGUUGCCACCAGAAAGAGAAGUGGAAUUUUCUAUAGAUCUGAUGAACUACUCCAAUCUCCAUAACUCCGUAUCUAUUUAUGCAUCUGAUGAAUCGGAUAUUCAGACCGUACUUAGACAGCUUCGAGAAAUGGGUUUUCUCGAACAUAUUGUAUCCGCAGAAGGUAUCAGGGGGUUCUCUAUGAUGGCUUCUCCGAUGACCCGUUUAUUACAGAAAGAUGUUAAAUUUGAGUGGACUAAUGAAUGCCAGCAGAGUUUUGACCGAUUGAAAGAUUUGUUGAUGAAAGCACUUGUGUUGGUCAAAGCUGAACAUCAGGUACCUUCGAGGUUACUUCAGCCAAUCACUAUACCUGAACGGAAGUGGGAAAGAAUUACUAUGGAUUUUGUGUCUGGUUUACCAUUGUCACCAAAGAAGAAAGAUGUCAUUUGGGUGAUCGUUGAUCGAUUAACAAAAUCAUCACAUUUUAUCCCGGUACGUAUGGAUUAUUCUCUAGAUAAAUUGGCUGAACUGUAUAUAUCUGAGAUUGUCAGGCUACAUGGAGUGCCAAUCUCCAUUAUCUCUGAUAGAGAUUCCCGUUUUACAUCUCGUUUCUGGGACAAAUUACAAGAAGCCUUGGGUACUCAAUUGCAUUUCAGCACUGCAUUUUAUCCUCAGACAGAUAGCCAAUCUGAGCGUGUAAUUCAGUUAUCAGUCCAGUAUUAA